AUGUCACCGAGACCUCCUUGUCACCUCAAUGUCACCGAUACCUCCUUGUCAACUCAAUGUCACCGAGACCUCAUUGUCAACUCAAUGUCACCGAGACCUCCUUGUCAACUCAGUGUCACCGAUAUAUCCUUGUCAACUCAAUGUCACCGAUACCUCCUUGUCACCUCAAUGUCACCGAUACCUCCUUGUCAACUCAAUGUCACCGAUAUAUCCUUGUCAACUCAAUGUCACCGAUACCUCCUUGUCAAUUCAAUGUCACGGAUAUCUCCUUGUCAACUCAAUGUCACCGAUACCUCCUUGUCAACUCAAUGGUACAGAUAUCUCCUUGUCAACUCAAUGUCACCGAGACCUCCUUGUCAACUCAAUGUCACCGAUGCCUCAUUGUCAACUCAAUGUCACCGAGACCUCCUUAUCAUCUCAAUGUCACCGAGACCUCCUUGUCAACUCAAUGUCACCGAUGCCUCAGUGUCAACUCAAUGUCACCGAUACCUCAUUGUCAACUCAAUGGUACAGAUAUCUCCUUGUCAACUCAACGUCACCGAUACCUCCUUGUCACCUCAAUGUCACCGAUAUCUCCUUGUCAACUCAAUGUCACCGAGACCUCCUUGCCAACUCAAUGUCACCGAUGCCUCAUUGUCGUCAACUCAAUGUCACCGAUACCUUAUUGUCAACUCAACGUCAUCGAGACCUCCUUGCCAACUCAAUGUCACAUCUCCUUGUCAACUCAAUGUGACCGAUACCUCUUUGUCAACUCAAUGUCACCAAGUCCUCCUUGUCAACUCAAUGUCACCAAGACCUCCUUGUCAACUCAAUGUCACAGAUACCUCUUUGUCAACUCAAUGUCACCAAGACCGCCUCGUCAACUCAAUGUCACCGAUGCCUCGUGUCAACUCAAUGUCACCGAUCCCUCCUUGUCAGCUCAAUGUCACCAAUACCUCAUUGUAA